AUGGCUCAAGGAGAUUGUCACUGUUCCGGUGAGUUGGAUGUAUUGCAACGAGACUUGAACAGAUCUCAAUCUACUAUUUGCUUGCCAUCGCCUUCUCCGGCUAAGCACGUUUCGACCUAUCUGCCUAAAGCAGGACCUAAGGUUCUGGAGGAAUCCAAUUCAGACCCAUUCUAUCUUGAACAAUCGCUUGCUGCGACACCAAACGAAGACAGAUACAUGCCGACUAUUCGCGAUGAGAGAUUCAGUGGAGAAAAUAGCCAGUAUUAUACACUUUCCUUGACCAACGGGAAAGAUCAAUCGUAUCAUCAUCGGGAUCCAUCGCAGUAUACUGGUCCAGAUCGCUCCACACUAGCACAGCUUGAAUUGGAAAACAGCCUGCGAUUCCAUCGUUACACAUCUUCCACCGAGGAACACCGCCCUUUACACAGCAGUCAGGACUCCUUUAGCUCAGUGAGAACUGACGCUACUGUCCCUGACCUCACGCCAAGCAGCUCAUUCUCAUCCACCUAUUCCUACUCCUCCCCUGCUUGUCCAGACGCCGUUAUUAAGGCUACAGAGAAGCUCUAUCAACACGCGUGUCAAGCCCAAACAGACACUCGUCGCUUCUAUCUCCCAGCUUCAACUCCACCAAAGUACUCCCUGCCGCCUCCUCCACCCGUGGCUGCCCUCACUCCGGCCAGUACACGUCCCACCACACCUGCUGAGUCCGCCAACAACUCAACAUCUACUCUCACAAUGAAACACGAUACACCCAGCAUGUCUUCAUCCUCAAGAAGACGCAAGGCGCACCCCACCUUACCAAACCUCUCCAACGCGUCAAGCUCUCUUAGCUCCCGCAGGAAACAAUCUAGUCCUGGAACGCGUCCCCCCUUGGACCCUUCUAUGAUCUCGCCUCCAAGCUUGAUCAACCCAGUGACUAUGGAACCUCACGCAACACACUUCGACAAGGCAUUAUUCAUCCCGUCUCACGACGUUGCUAGCCCUAUCCCUAGUCCCUCAGCCAGCUCUCCUCCUAUCUCUCGGCAAUGGACUGCCACAUCCAUGGAGAGACCAUCCACUUCCACAAUGGACGCUUACUGUGAGCAGUCGGUGUGGGAGUCUGAUUCAGACAACGAGUCAAUCUCCAACAAGUCUCUUUCCCGUAAACCAAUCGAUACACUACGCAAAGUUCGCAGUCGCGCAAAGCUCCGCGCAGCAAAGUCUCAACCUCGCCUCCGUCAAGCAACCCUUGACGAUCCAAACUCUGAACGCUUCCCAUGCAUGCCAGACGAUGCUGUCGGCGAGCACAUACCAGAUGCAUUUCGUGGUGUUAGCCUCGACCGUCCAAGCACAAGUCGUCCCAGUACAUCUCGACCCAGCACUAGCCGCGAUGGUUUCCGUGCUCAUCCCCUCCAGACUCUCCGCCUCGUCGCACCCUCUACUACCUCCCUCAUGAAGCCUCGUUCCCGCCACAACACAAGUCCCACCGAGACAGUGAAUGAGUCCGACGUCGACUGGUCUACUGCCGCCACAAUGCAAGCCAAGGCUCGUCAACGGUCUGAUACUCCUGAAUUUGCCAAGUCAGACAAAGCACAACUCACAUCAAUGUGCUAUGAACAACACUCCCAAGCCACCUUCCAAGAACCUAUCCAGGAUGAGAAACCCUUCUUCCGUCGAGUCCUGGAAUCCCUUCGUUCACUUAACUGUGCUCGGCCCUUGAAAUCCAAUACCACGACUACUAUCUGA